AUGCCUAGCCAGGUGAUCACCUUGACCAGCACAACCUACCUCCAAGUGCCAAAAGUGGUCCCGUAUCGCAAGAACAGGUCAAGGUCACGGUCAAGAUCGUCUUCGCGGCCCAAGUCUCCGGAACCCGUGUCACCGCAGCCGAUCAAAGCUCGACCAUUGCUACGACCUGUCACGCCCCCAUCACCUCCACCUUUUCCUCCCAAGAUGUCUGAGAUUCGGACACAGUCACCACAGCACCAAAGUCUAGCUUACGACUUCAAGACUACGCCGACAAAUGGUUCUAGCACUCCCAGGAGUACCGGAAAUCCGAUAUACAACCUCGAUGUCUCGUCCCCCAGCAUCAACAUCUCGGAUAUAGAUGACCUGAACGGCGACUACUACACACUCUCCAAGACACCUUCGCCACCACCACAGCGACCUCUACGACAGAGACUAGUUGGCACAUGGCGCCUCGAAGCCUACGUCGCCUACCCGACUCCCUCAAGCCGCUUCCAACGCCCAACCUUCCCAAUGACCAAAAAUGUCACCGGCCUCAUCAUGUACACGCCGGACGGCUACAUGAGUGCACACAUGCUGAUCCCGGGCCAAAUGUCGUUCAAGCGCGGUGAGGGUGAAGAACCACAAUGGGCAGAAGCGGGCAAACGCUCAUUCUCGUAUGCGGGUCCAUACUACAUCACCGACGAAGGUAUGGGCAGAGAAGAAAUCUUGAGACACACAUUCCAGGUUUGCAAUCUACCGGGAUGGAUAGGCGACAUCCAGGUCAGAACGUGGAAGUUUGAGGAAGACGAUAACGUGUUGGUGCUCGGAAGCGAGGAGCCCACAGAAAUCAGGGGCGACCAAAGAAUCCCAGUCCUGAAAUGGCGAAGGGUUAUCGACAAUUCGAACGGCAGUCCGCCGGCGCCUAUGCCUCACAUUAAAGUCAGUGGGCCGGGCGAGCCAUGA